UUUAUUAUCUUUCAAUGGCAGAACUUGAUUUGACUCCAAUGACCCCACUUCAAGUUUCAACAUAUCUCCUUGCUCAUUAUUGCUUCUUUAAAGGGUCUCCCACCUCCAACUCCAUGAUCACCCUCAAAUCCAAGAUCAUAAUCUUGACACAAGAAUCCAGUUAUUCUUAAUCAUGGUACACAUGCUUGUUGUGAUUCAAAGAACCUCCCAAAUUCAGUUCAUGUUUCUGUAUAUCCUUCUAACACUUCUGCUUCCCCAAGCUGCAGCUGAAGAGAGUGAAGCAAAUGCUCUGUUGAAAUGGAAACAGAGCCUUGACAACCAAAGCCAAGCUCUCUUGUCAACUUGGACAGGUUCUGAUCCAUGCAAAUGGAGAGGAAUUCAGUGUGACAAAUCCAGCUCAAUCUCUAGAAUAAGUCUUGCAAAUUAUGGACUAAAAGGUACACUUCACACUCUUAGUUUCUCCUCAUUCCCCAAUCUCAAAACCAUAGACAUCUUUGGCAACUCCUUUUAUGGGACCAUCCCACCACAAGUAGGUGACAUGCCCAAAGUAAAUAUUUUGAACUUCUCUGAGAAUUCAUUUGAUGGUUUCAUCCCUCAAGAAAUUUGGACACUAAGGACUCUAUAUGGCCUUGAUCUUUCCAUAUGCAAACUAGAGGGAGCUAUUCCUAGCUCCAUAGAAAAUUUGUCCAAACUAACAUAUCUAGACUUUGGUACCAAUAAACUGUCUGGCCACAUUCCUCCAGAGAUUGGAAAAUUGAACAACUUGGAGUAUCUUGGCUUUGCAGAGAACACAUUUUCAGGUCCCAUUCCAAGAGAAAUUGGAAUGCUUACAAAACUUAGGUUUCUUGAUCUGUCCAAAAACCCUCUCUCUGGUGCUAUCCCUGAAACAAUAGGUAACAUGAGCAGUUUAAAUAAACUUUAUCUUGCCAACAAUACCCUCUUGUCUGGACCACUCCCACCUUCCAUAGGGAACCUGUCUAACUUGUCCUUUCUCCACCUCUAUGGCAAUAGUUUUUCUGGAUCAAUACCAGCUUCCAUAGGAAACUUGGUCAACUUGAAAGAAAUAUUGCUAUUUAGAAACCAACUUUCAGGGUCCAUUCCUUCCACCAUUGGGAGCUUGACAAAGCUCACAGACUUGUACUUGGGCUUUAACCAUCUUUCUGGACCAAUUCCUUCCUCUAUAGGGAAUAUGAUCAGUUUGAAUUACCUCAGUCUCCAACAAAACAACCUCUCAGGAACUAUUCCUACCACAAUUGGUAAUUUGACAGGGCUAUUGGUCUUGGAACUGUCCACCAACAAACUCAAUGGUAGCAUUCCGCAGGUCCUGUAUAACUUCACCAACUGGUUUUCCUUGUUAUUAGGAGAAAAUGAUUUCACUGGCCAUUUGCCACCUGAAAUCUGCUCUGGUGGGUCACUAGCAUACUUAAAUGCUUUUGACAAUCACUUUACAGGUCCAGUGCCAAGAAGCUUGAAGAACUGCUCAAGUAUUAUUAGGCUCAGGAUUGAGAAAAAUCAAAUAGAAGGGGACAUAGCACAAGAUUUUGGUGUUUAUCCUGAUUUGGAAAUCAUUGAUCUGAGUGACAAUAAAUUUUAUGGCCCCAUUUCACCAAAGUGGGGGAAGUGCCUUAAUCUUAACACCCUCAAAUUAUCCAACAAUAACCUUUCUGGUGGCAUACCACUAGAACUUGUUGAAGCAACCAAGCUUGGCAGGCUUCAUAUUUCUUCAAACCACUUGACUGGGAAGCUUCCAAAGGAGCUAGGAAGCCUGACACAAUUAGCCGAGCUCGAGAUUAGCAACAAUUAUAUUUCAGGAAACAUUCCAGCAGAAAUUGGAUUGCUACAGAUGCUUGACACUUUGGAUCUUGGAGGAAAUGAAUUGAGAGGCACAAUACCACAAGAAGUUAUGAACUUACCUAGGUUGCGGAACUUGAAUUUGAGUAUGAACAAAAUUGAAGGAAACAUUCCGUCACAGUUUACCGAAGCUCUGGAAUCUCUUGAUCUUAGUGGCAAUCUAUUAAAUGGAAUAAUACCACCAAAUCUUGGAAAGUUGGAGAACUUGUUAAUGUUGAAUCUCUCACAUAAUAGUCUUUCCGGCACCAUUCCCUCCACUUUUGGUAGAACACUGGAUUUUGUUAACAUAUCAGACAACCAGUUAGAAGGGCCACUUCCAAAUAGUCCAGCUUUUCUUAAUGCUACAAUGGAAUCAUUUAAAAACAACAAAGGGUUGUGUGGUAAUGUCACUGGCUUGAGACUUUGCUCACCCAGCCAUGGUCAGAAGUGGUACAAAGUCAUCAUGUGGGUACUUCUUGCUGUGGGAGUUGUAAUACUAGUGUUGUGUGGGGUGGGGCUUUCAGUGUACCUACUAUGUAGAAGUAAACCAAAGGAAGAAAUUCAAUCUGAAGAAGAACCUGAAAGGGUAGCACUAUUUUCCAUAUGGGACUAUGAUGGAAAGAUAAUGUUUGAGAAUAUCAUUGAAGCUACAGAGAAUUUUGAUGACAAAUAUCUCAUUGGAGUGGGAGGUCAAGGAAAUGUUUACAUGGCGGAGUUGCCAGCGGGUUUGGUUGUUGCUGUGAAGAAACUUCAUUCAGUAACAGAUGAGGAAAUGUCAAAUUUCAGUUCAAAGGCUUUCAACAGUGAGAUUCAAACUUUGACAGAAAUUAGACAUAGGAACAUUAUAAAGCUUCAUGGGUUUUGCUUACACUCAAAGUUCUCAUUCUUGGUUUAUGAGUUCUUGGAAGGGGGAAGCUUGGAUCAUGUGCUAAACAGUGACAAACAAGCAACAGCAUUUGAUUGGGAAAAGAGGGUGAAUGUUGUGAAAGGUGUGGCCAAUGCUUUGUCCUAUAUGCAUCACGAUUGUUCACCUCCUAUAAUUCAUCGUGACAUAUCAAGCAAGAAUGUUCUUCUAGAUCUUCAAUAUGAAGCUCAUGUAUCUGAUUUUGGAACAGCAAAGUUUCUGAAGCCCGGUUCACAUACUUGGACCGCAUUCGCAGGCACCUUUGGUUAUGCAGCACCGGAGUUAGCGCAGACAAUGCAAGUGAAUGAGAAAUGUGAUGUAUAUAGCUUUGGAGUAUUUGCUUUGGAAAUCAUCAUAGGAAAGCAUCCAGGAGAUCUCAUUUCUUCAUUGAUGUCACCAUCUACAGCACCAAUGGUUAAUGAUUUGCUAUUGAUUGAUGUUUUAGAUCAAAGACCUCCUCAGCCUGAAAAACCAAUUGAUGGGGAGGUGAUCUUGAUUGCAAGUCUGGCACUUUCUUGCUUGAGAGAAAAUCCACAUUCGCGUCCAACUAUGGAUCAAGUAUCUAAGGCUAUUGUAUUAGGAAAGCCACCUUUGGAGAACCAGUUUGCCAUGGUAAGAGUAGGACAACUCCACUAAAUCAUUGAAACUAGAAAACGACCCGUGCAAAAUGCGGAUGACAUUGAACCUAUUAGUGAGAGUUGAUGCAAGUGUGUAAAGACAACUAGUUUCAUGUAAUUAGUUAGAGUUGGUCAAUGUUCAUGUAAUGUAAAUUGGUGUUUGUAUCUCCUUAUUAUGUAUCUUUAAAUAAUAUGAAGAUAUACUUUCUCUUUUCA